UUCAGCACUGGAAGGGCUGCUGCAGCCAGUGUUUCUCGCACUCUCAUUUUUAGCUAAGUGCAUGGCUACAAUUUCUACACAGUUUUUACCAAAGAAAGGGUUACCAUAAAAACAUGGCUCUCGUCCAAUACUUUCCGCUUUGUUUGUUCUAAAAUGCUUGGCAGGAUAUCAAUAUUUUACUGUGCUGAGACUCGUGAUCUGUAAACUUAUAUAAUUUAGGCACUCCUUAUAAACUGUCCAUAGAAGUUCUGACUCGCCCUGCAUUCAUAUUCGUUUUGUCCUGUAAAAAAAAUGGAGACGGAUUUUACAGACAAAGAUACUUACCAAGACAUAUUCGAUCCACAUGCAUAUUGUAAUAUCUACUAUGGACCGAAAUCAGGACUUUUAGUGGUUGAUGGAUUUCUGGAUUUUGCACUGAAGAAACUUUGUGAGAUUUUUACUGUUCGAGGUAUCAAGGGAAAAACUUUAAUUGACAUUGGACAUGGACCUACCACUUAUCAGGACCUCUCAGCUUGUGAAGCUUUCGAAGAGAUCAUUGGAGCAGACUAUACUGAUCGCAAUAGAGAGUACUAUGAACGGAGCCUUAGAAAUGAGCCUGGAACGUUUGACUGGACAGGAGCUAUACAAAGAGUCUGUGACCUGGAAGGAAAAGGAAUGACGGUAGAGGAGAAGAGAAAGAAGCUCCAAGAAACAGUGAAGAAAACCAUAAAGUGCGACGUUUUGAAAAGCAACCCAAUGGAACCAUUGAUUCUGCCCAAGGUUGACUGUGUCCUGACAUUUGGAUGCUUAGAGUGUGCUUGCAGUGACCUCGAUACCUAUCGCAGAGUACUUAAAAAUGUUGCAUCUUUGAUAAAAAUAGGAGGGCACCUGAUUGUAAUGGAAAUUCUUAACUGUAGCUCUUACCUACUAGGAGGCAAGAGGUUCUCCUGUUUGGUGUUGACAGAGGAGUUCAUGAGAACUGCUAUUGCUGAGGCAGGAUUUUCCAUUGUGGAUUUGGAAGUCAUCCCUAGAAAGUAUAAUAAAGAGCAAUAUGAGCUCUGUAACCAUGAUUCCAGCUUGAUUGUGCUUGCACGAAAAGAGCGAGAUGUUUAGGAUAAAUUUGAGAAGGUAUGGAAAAUUUGUCACUCACUUAUUAUUACAGCUACCUAUUUGUAGAAAGCACAGUAUAAAAUAUACCAAUAAUAAACAUCAUAAAGAAUGUCUUGUAUAAUUCCAUAGGAUAUGCAAUCGUGUAAAGAAGACAUUCGAUCUGCAGUUCAUAUUGAUCAAUUAUACAGUAUAACCUCUAUGAAAAUCAUAUAUUUCAAGGAAAAUACCUUUCUCCCACGGAAAGCAGUCUUCCAAUUUAUUCAUUUCACAUGUCCCAAGAAAUCCAAAAGAAAAACUCCACUUUCAAUAAAAAAAAAUGAAUAAAGCAAAUACCGCACUAGCCAUUUUGUAAUUUAAUGUUAUUAUAUAUUGCCUUUCCAUUUUAAUCAACUGUAGGAGAUUCAAUGCAGUAUGGCUACCUGUAGGCAUUCUGUACACCCUGGUGUAAAGAACACGCCCAGAAAUUGAAUUUCUUACUUCUGUUGAUUGGCUUACUGAUUUUCUUGUAGUCUGCAUUAAUAUACAAGUAUCGAUAAGUAGAUACAAUUUUUGGCAUCUAGUGCAGUAUGAACUUUAUUUUUAGUAAAAAGCAGUUUGAAAUGUAAAUUUUCCCCCUUGGCAUACUCCUUAGACCCUUAGAUUUACUAAAACGGGUUCACUCAGAAUCUGGUGAAGCUGUUCAUGGAACUUGCCAACAAAAAAAUUGGUUGGAGUUAGAAUCUAAGGGACACCAUUAAAUACCAUUAGUUGAAGACUGUGCACAGACCAUAAAAUGAAUCACAUACAGUUGAUUGCAGUUGAUUGCAGUUGAUUGCAGAUGCUCGAACUAGAGGUGUAGCUAAUUUUUUAUAAAGCUUUAUUGCUGACUUGGUGGUGUGGGUGGGUUUGUUUAGUUUUCAAAGUAAUAAGUGGAGCAAAAAAUGCAUUGUAUAAAUGACAUGUAGCUUUAUUGUCUGUUUUUUAGUAUUAUGCAUCUUGUUCUGUAACUUUAUAGGUGCAAUUAGUACAAGGACAUACCAAAUUCAAUAACAUCACAAUUUAUUAAAGUUACAAGGGUACAUAAAAACACUAUUAUACAAUACAUGAACAGCUUUAUGGUCAUUCAAGACGCGUUAUUGUAGAUCCUAUAGUUGUUCCUUACAUGUUUCGCCAAAUGGCUUCCUCAAGGACAAACGUGGUUUUAUGUCUACUAUCUGAAUGAACAGAAAGAAAAUUUCAAACAAUACAUGUAAUAUAGUAAAUACCAACACUAUACAUAACGUAUACAAUAAAUUUAAUGCAUAAAUGCAUCUUAUCCAUUGGCAAGGGUUCCCUAAAUAGAGUCAUACCUCAAUGAUAGUUAGUAAAAUCCAGUUAUUGCCAAGCACACAGGUUUACACAGUACCGCAGCAGGUCAAUAUAAUAUAACCUGUUUUUUGCGCCGGUGACAAUCACAUAUAUUUCUCACACAGAAAUAGACGUCUGUCUCUGUGGCCCAGGAAAGCCCAGAUGUAACAGGUUAGAACCGAUUAAAAAUGCCGGAUCUCCUGCAGGGAGGGAUGAAGCAAGAAAUUGAUAUAUAUAUAUCAAUGUACAAGAAAGAUAUAGCCUAAAGAUUAAUAAGAAAUAUUAUAAUCAACCGGUUUCUCACCUUUACUAUUAAUUAUAUAAUCCUAUAUUAUUCCAUGUCAAAACAACUUACUUCUAUAUCAUCACUAUAAGGGAUGCAGGGGGCAUGAUUAAAAAACUAGAUGGCACCAAACAUUCAGAUAAAUCCCAAAUGGGGCUGAAAAAAACUGCCAAAUACAAAGGGAAAAAGAUUGGUAAGUUUGAGCAUAAAUAGACAUGUUUGCCCUGCCUAAUGUCAAUAAAGCUAGACAGAGAGUUUACCUGUGCACAAUAUAACCCACCUGAUCAAGGAUCCACAACCCAUCGCAUCAACAGAUGAACAGGGCUGGGAUGGAAGAAAUGGAGAAGGGCAAACCAACACCUCUAACAAAGAGAGGGGUGUGAGCCACCCCAACCUAUAAAAACACAUAGAAUACCAAGUCAAUGGGACAAACGCCCCAAACAUCAUAGAGUGUCAAAAUUUACUUCACAUGUUAACAAAUGAUAAUGGCGUGCUCCAUACCUGCUCUCACUCUAUCACUGGUGUCAGGCUCCCUGGACUUCCACAAAAUGGCCACCACCAUGUGGGUCCUUAUAUACCCCUCCCCAUCCUGCCGCAGCGUAUGACGUCACGGCAUGAUGAGGACGAAAGGGGGAGAGGGAUAAGCAUGCAGAGCCGUCCCAGGUCAACAUCGUCCCAGGUCUAAAUCCGCAGUUCACGCCAGCAUAUGGGGGCACCUCCCACAGUUCGAACCGCCCACAGGGCAGAUCCAAAUACCGGGGAAGUGUCCCCAGCCCCGGCAAUGAUCAUAAAGCAGAAGGCAGUGACACCAGGGGGACACCCUGCACAGACAAAGCCCUUCAAAGCAUAAACCCCUCCAGUGUGGGUGCACACAGGGACCACCCCUUGAAACGAUGGGGUGGGGCAAACGGGCCACAACAAUGGCCCAAAUGGGCACCCUCGGGCGUCCAUACGGGGACCCAUUGGCCAAAGGGCAUCCAGGCCAAUGAGGCCAAUUAGGACAAGACUCCUAUGAAAAAAGUGUUGGAAAAAAUAAAAGAGAAUAAAGGGGUGUGGGGUGGGGCAAAGGAAACACCUACCAGAAUGAAGGGUAUGUAGAGGAGCACCGUGGCAGGGUGAUGCGAGGUCAACAUGACGUUUUUUGGGAAAAAUAGAAAGGAGAAGGGAAGAAGGAAGAACCUACCAGAAUCAAUGAUAUAUGAAUUUCAAACCCUACCAAAUGGGUAAAUGUAAUUAUAGUACAACAACAAAUGUUUGCACCUAUAAAGUCCCUUCCCCCCUACUCUGUAUUCUCUAUACCUUUACGGGAUGUUGGAGCUGUAACACCGUAUUUUUAAAUUAUGGAGUUGAUCACUUAACUACAUAUAGACUUGUUCUGUAACUGCAUGCUUUUACAUAAAAAAUGAUACCACACA